GAGAGAAAGAUCAUUCAUUCAGCAAAGUCCUCUGACUGCUUUCAGUGAUCUUUUCUCUGCUCCACUGACAGCGGCACAUUUGCAGGAGAAAAGCCUGGAGGCUAUCCCCAGGGUGCUGGAGACCUCCAAGAAGAUGAGAACGACUGCAGAAGGAGAUAAAUGAGACUGUUGCUCUGAUGUCUCUUGGGGACAAAGAGAAGGUGACUCACAACUCAGAAGGAAGCUUUUGAUGAGGUCUCUCACUUGCCGCGAUUGUGUUCUGCCACUCUUGUUAAUUCUAACACAAAACCAAGGGCCAGCCAAGCCACCUGAGUCAAAAGAAGACAGACGUGGCCAUGGAGCAAGCAAAACACAGCUCAAAUGCUACUGUCAACCUCAACUUUGCUGCAAUCUACAACCUCCACAAUGGUGAUUUAAUCUCCUUGCGAAACUUCUCCUUCCCUUUCAAUUUUAAUUACAGUGACUAUGACCUGCCACUGGACAGUGAAGAUGACAUGACCAAAACCCGCACCUUCUUUGCAGCCAAGAUUGUGAUUGGGGUGGCUCUGGUUGGCAUCAUGUUGAUCUGUGGCAUUGGCAACUUCAUCUUCAUUGCUGCUCUUGCUCGCUACAAGAAGCUGCGAAACCUCACUAACCUGCUGAUUGCCAACCUGGCCAUCUCAGACUUCAUUGUGGCCAUUGUCUGCUGUCCCUUUGAGAUGGACUACUAUGUGGUGAGGCAGUUGUCCUGGGAGCACGGCCACAUCCUCUGUGCCUCAGUCAACUACCUACGGACUGUCUCCAUCUACGUUUCUACCAACGCCCUCUUGGCCAUAGCUGUUGACAGGUAUCUGGCUAUUGUCCACCCACUGAAACCACGCAUGAAUUACCAAACAGCAACCUUCCUGAUCGCCUUGGUCUGGAUCGUCUCCAUACUUGUAGCAAUCCCAUCUGCAUACUUCGCUACUGAAACAGUGUUGUUUAUAGUGAAAAAGCAGCAGAAAAUUUUCUGUGGUCAGAUUUGGCCAGUUGACCAGCAGAUGUACUACAAAUCGUACUUCCUCUUCAUCUUUGGCAUUGAAUUUGUUGCACCUGUGAUUACGAUGACCCUGUGUUAUGCCAGGAUCUCUCGGGAGCUUUGGUUCAAAACUGUGCCAGGAUUUCAGACAGAUCAGAUCAGGAAAAGGCUUCGAUGCAGAAGGAAAACUGUGAUGGUACUGAUGUGCAUCCUGAUUGCCUACGUCCUCUGCUGGGCACCUUUCUAUGGCUUCGCAAUCAUCCGUGACUUUUUCCCCACCAUCUUUGUGAAGGAAAAGCAUUACCUUACUGCUUUUUACAUUGUUGAAUGCAUUGCCAUGAGCAACAGCAUGAUUAACACCAUGUGCUUUGUAACUGUAAAAAAUAAUACCAUGAAGUAUUUCAAGAAGAUCAUGUUGCUCAGGUGGAGCUCAAAAUACACUGGAAGCAAAUCGAGCACAGAUCUAGACCUGAGAACAAAUGCAGUGCCAGUCACGGAGGAGGUAGAGUGCAUAAAACUGAAAUAAGUUUUCUGCAGUUCUAAUCUCACCUACUUUGGAGAGGGGGUAAAGAUGAAAUAAUGCCGCCUCAGAAGCUUUUCCCUUGCCUGGGGGAGAGCCCACCACUGCUGACAGCCCUUGAAAAGCAGCCUGCUGUUCAUUUCCACCAUAACUCCUUUCACUGGACUGCUGCAUAAUCCCAUAACUCAGACUGACACUGUGAUUCAGUAAAUCUGGGAUGCAGACAUUCAUUUUAGAGUCAUUUGUAAUGUAAGAAGAACAAAAAAAGUCUGUGAAUGCAUUAAAGCAUAUUUCCAUGACUGGGAAAGUCGACUGCUGACCCUAGCAAUGACAUCUCUUUGUUUCUUCUUCACCUCAUUGAUCCUACCAUUUGUAACUUUAAGCUAUUCUAUGUCCUUUUCCUUCUGGUCACAAGAGGAGGCAUGGCCAAAGAAAAAGCCCAUUUGCUUUCAUGUCACUGUUUCUCUUCUCAUUUUGUCUCUCAUAAAGAAGCUCCUUGACUUCUAAAGACCACCAGCUUUCUAUUGUCCAAUGCACAGCAUGCUCUUAGGAAUGGCACAUUCUUCAGAAGGUUAAAUACUGCACCACAGUCUAGUGAAAACCAAAAGUCCCUUCCUGUGACACCUGUUUAAGAGUAUUUUAUCAACAUACCACCUAGCAAUUUUAAGUAGACUGAUACUCUAUUAUGUAUUUGGAAAUGUCACAGCUAUUGAAGGGACUCUGUUUCCUUCUAUCACCUCCAGGCACCCUGCAGCCAGCUUCUUCAAGUGCUGAGCUCUUCACAGAAUCAAUCACAAAGUCAUCAAAGUGGGAAACAACAUUUCCAGAUUGUCUAUUCCAGCCCUCUGCUCAAGGAGGGCCAGCUCAAGCAAGUUGCUCAGAAUUGUGUCCUUUUGGGCUUUGACUCCAAAGAUGGAGGCUCAAUAACUCCCCUGGAUCACCUGUGCCAGCAUCCAACAGCCUUCACAAUAGAACCAGAUGGCAUUUCAUGUGUUUGAACAUGCUAGCAGGAGAAAGUCCUGAUGAAACAGGCCAAGGCAUCUUUCCAAGCCUGUGUACACCUCAAAACAUAGUGCAAGUAGGGGCAAAACAGCAUAAAGACCUCAAGGUGAUCUGUCUUGUUGUAAGCCAGUAGCUCAUUUUCUAAUCAAACACAAGGCAACGGCUCAAGAGGAAUACUGCACUGCCUCCCCCACUGCAACUCCAGGAAGGGUAAUUGUGACAAAGCAGGUGGCAGUAGAAGUAACACCUGCUCACUUAAACUACACAUAAGAUACCAUGGACUUCUGUGUAUUGAACUCAAGUCUUUUCUAACAUGAUGACAAACACUUCCUGUUUUAAAGUCCGUGGUACCUCUUACUUUUGGAAUAAAUGGCUUUUGUAAAUAAUUUGUCUAUUUGUGACUUUAAACUCGGCAGCAAAUCCUGCUAAUAAAACAGUAAACAUGGAGUCAUUAA